AAGCUGGGAAGUGACGUCAAGAAUUCCACUAGUCAGGAGCUUCUCAGUGAGCAGGGAGCAGGCACCUUUUCCUUGAUCACGCUGUAGACAACCAAUACAUUUAAAAAAAAUAAAAAUAAAGAUAAAAUUAAAGCUGCGAUGCAUGUCUUGUCUCCUCAAGCAGCCAUCGCAAAAGUUACCAGCAUGGAGCCAUCCGAAGAAGAAAAGGCCCUGCAUACCUUGGAGUCUGUCUGUUUUGUUCAUGCAAAGACGAGCCACGGUUGCGUGCUCGUAGAUAAUCAUCGGGAAGAGCUGCAGAAAAUCCAGUAUCACAUCCACCACGAGGAUGACAUAGAAAUCUGCUCAAGGUUUUUAAAUGCCACAUGCCUUCAAGGUUCUCUAUGUUCGCGGCAUCAUACCGUACUCCCUUACGCCUGGCAGCUGAGGGAGAAGACCACGCACAUAUGGCAGAGCGUGGGAGGGUGCGGUCAGGAGAUGCUAGAACGGCUUUAUAGCAACCCGAAGACUGUACACCUCAAAGGAAUGGUCAACAAACAAGAUAAAAUGCUUAUAAACUUUGCCACCAUGGAAGUGGCCCUGAGUCCAAUUUUUGACCGCAUUAGACGACUUUCCACUUCAACUUGUCCCAGCCUCCCCUUCUGCACCCAUCUUAAAUACUAUUAUGAAGAAGGUGAUAACUCCUGGAAAGAGUUCUCCCCGGACGUAACGAAACGCAUAGAGGAAAACGUGAGAGAGGGGUUGCUUCUGAUUUGUAUCAAGACUCGACGUUUUAAUUACCUUGUAGAUCUUCGCCAUCUGAUUCAGGAGAACGUACAGACCGGGACCAGGAGGCGGAUCAGGGCCCGACCGUUGUUUCAAUCCCCAACCCUGAUGUUAUCUAAACUAUGGACCAUUCAGAACUUUCAGUCUCCCACCUUCUGCACAAACUCCCACCCGGCAGCUGGAGGACUGUACCCUGCGACCUGGCACAUUACAAGUACCACUCUAAUUCACGAGAGAGUACUCCUGGACUGUGAGGAGCAGGAAUUCCAGGAAGUGUACAGCUAUUUCCACAAGACCGUGCCAGAGGCUGAGUUUUUGAUCCUUGGGAUCUACAGACUCCAGAACUACUUCCAGUGGCAGAAAUACGAUAGCAAAAGGAUGUACAUGACUCAACGCCUCGCUAAAACUGAAGUGGACCAUGUGGAGCGCCAUCUUUUUCACGGUACAGAACCUGCAUUGGUCGAGGCCAUUUGCAGACAGAACUUUGACACACGAGUAUCUACCAGGAACGGAAGGUCUUUUGGCCACGGAUGUUACUUUGCCACACAAGCCAGUUAUUCCCUUUUCUAUUCUACUGCUGAUGCCCGUGGUCAUCGCUUCAUGUUUCUGGCCAAGGUGCUGGUGGGACGCUCGACGCUCGGCAGAGCUGAACUGCGACGUCCACCUUUAAUCAACCCCAAUGACCCUGAAAGUCCGCUGUAUGAUUCUUGUGUCAAUAAGAUUAAUAAUCCCAGCAUUUUUGUUCUCUUUGAUAAUGACCAGUUCUACCCAUACUUUCUCAUCCGUUAUCAGAAGCUACGCAAUAUUGUUGCCUUGGACUGAAGUGAAUCAGUAGACAGGGUGUGGAGUGAUGUUUAUUUUUUGUUUAUAACCUUUAAUGCAUGACUCAGAGUUCAGUAAGUAAUCCUGUCACCAUCUUCAAUGAGGCGGACCUCUGUAUUUGCACGUAGUGGACUAUUGUCCGAGUUCCAGAAACAUGUUUGUGCUAAUGUGCCAGUCCUGCGACUCAUUGGCAUGAGGUUCUGUGUGUUUUUUUUGUAUUGCUGUAUCCUAGAUACAGUGAAAAGUAAAUGCCGAUACAACUAGAGGUUAGUGCGAUGAUAAUGUAGAAUUCUUUAAAACAUGUUUGUUUAUAACACCAGCAGGGCUAUUGAGAAUUGUUGGGAAUUUCAAAUUUAAAGCCAAAAUAGCUGAAUCUUUUCCAAGUCCUCUAUGCUUUCAUGUCAGCUACUUUAUCAAAAAUUCUAAUUCCGGACAAUUCUCACCUUCGUAAAUAACCCUGCAUGUUUUUCUGGUUAGUGUUUUAUGUUCCGUUUGCAUUUUAAACAUCAUUUUAA